CGUUUGCUCUCCCCACGAUAAAGCAGCAUGAAGCACAACUUUGACCUGGGCGACACCGUGGAAGACGUGUCGGCACCGAAGAAAGCGGCUAAGGGCAUCAAGUCUCCUUCAUCUGCCAAGGGAACCCCGAAGAAGGAUGACAAGAAGUCUCCUGCCAAGGCAAAGGCCAAGAAGGUCACCACCGGCACAUCGACUCGCAACAAGCGCUCGCGCGUCCCGACCAACUUCUACCUCGUGCAGUCAUCUGUCGAAGCCUCCAACGAUCGGCAGCGCAAGGAAACCAUUGACUUGGCGUCCGAUGAAGACGAUGACCAAGACGAGGAUGGAAGCGAUGGCGAGGAACGUACCCGACCGGCGGCGAAGAAACAAUCUUCCAAGUCGUCCAAGCAUGACAGCGACGACGAUGACGACGACGGCAGCGACGAGGACGAGGAUGCCCGACCUGCCCCGAAGAACCAAAAACGAUCUGCCAAGUCGUCCAAGCACGAGAGCGACGACGACGCACAAGAUGACGACGAAGAUGGCAUCGAAGUGGUGGAUGCCCCUGCGACCAAGCGCCAGCGCGUGUCGGCCCGUACGAGUCCAUUCCAGGUGACAAAAGAACCUCGAUCGUCCAAACCCGCCAAGAAGGACAUCCCUGCCAAGAAAGCAGUCGCCGUCACCAAAAAGGCAAGUGUUCCCGCCGUCCCCUUGUCCACCAAGUCGAAGGUGGACACGAAAUCAGCUAAGUCCGUGCCGGCAAAGAAGGAAGCAGUGCCACCAUCUUCCAAGACGGCGGCGACCUCUUCCUUGAAGAAGACGUCGGUUUCCGGUUCUUCCGUCGAUUCCGUGCGCCCCCCCGUUGGUCGGCCGUCGUCGUCUUCCGGGUUGUCGGAAGCGACGGUAGUAGCCAACACCAAGCAAAACAAGAUCUUGGCGGGCGAAAUCAAAGCGCUCACGAAUGCCAUCAACAGCGGCACGAUCUUGAUCUCGACGCUGUGGGAACAGUACCAGGAAGUGAUGCAGAAGGACAUGGAGCUCCGAGAAGCGGCGCUCCGAUUCGCCCAGACCCAGCAGCUUAAACCUGUCGACCAAUCGCCCAACGAGGACAGCCAUGAUGACGUGGCAGCGCCACUGCAUCCAACCCCGGAAGAAGUCCAAAACGAAGAAACGGCCGCCGCCGCCGCCGUGGCCGCAGCGCUAGCCGUCGAAGAAGAGCAAAAGGAAGACGACAGCACGGGCGCCAACCCGUUGCUGCUUUAGUCAGUGUGUUCAUUGGUGAGGAAUAAUUGUCGACACCAUAUAUAUAUAUGUGACAACCAAAAAAAUGCACCAAUUUCAAACGAAACCAACUUGUCCAAUAAUAAUUAUUAAUCCAAACUAGUCUUCUUUUUAAGCUCGG